UCCCGUUUUUAUGAGCGGAACUUGAGCUAGCGCGGAACUUGUUUGAACCCGGAAGCGUCAACCGACGACUUCUUUGCUUUGAGUUGCUUUGCUUGAUUGAUUUCGGACGUUGUAGGACAUGCAGCGCGACUGGCUCCACUUGGGUCCGCUGCAGUGGACCACGUACGUCAACAAAGAGCUCCAAGUGACGGCGGGGAUGGAGGCGAAAGAGUUUGCCGGAUGGCUGCUUACCAUCGACCCGGUGUCCGCCAGUUUGGUCCUGGUCAGCUUGGGCGAGGAAGGCGGGUCCGGCAGCAUCCGGGUGGUGAUGGGUCACGCGGUGCGGCGUGUGGAAGUGCUACGAGAGGCCGACGCUACCGCGGCUCAGCGCCUGCGCGAGCUGUUUGCCUCGCCAACGUGCGGCGGACCGGACCCGCAGCGCCGCGCAGCCGUACGCCGAUGGCUGGAGCGCAACCGCAUCCCUGUGGAGGAGUGCGCUGACCGGCUCAGGGUGGCCAGCGCGCUCACCCUGGCGCCGCCGUACGGGCCCGACGACUGCAGCGGCGCCAACCCCGUGGUGCUGGAGCGAGUGCGCAAGCUGCUGGAAGGACAGCCACGCCAGGAAGCGGACCAGGAGCCUGUGCCAAUGGACUUGCCUUAGAUCGUUUUUGGGGGAAGCCUCUGACCUCCCUCCCUCCUUCCUUCUGUUAUUGACUGAUAAACUGUCUUGUUUGCUGUUGACAAUUGAUUGUUUUGAAAGGAUUGAUUUGGAGUCCCCGUCCGAUACGUCGGCAGCGUGCAUCCGAAAUGGCUGGCCUAUUGUCAACAGUUGGUCGAAAAACCAUCCACAACUAUUUGGAUGGUUCCUUAGAGACCUCAUUUAACAUGAAUUGUGCAAAGUUGUGCCUAUCCAGUUGAUUAGUGAAUUGAAAAAGUAAUCAUAGUUUAAAAAAAAAAAAAAAAUGGGGAGCAGUUCACGUCAAGCUAAAGUGUGUCUUUCUGGACGCAUUUAUUUUGAAUCAGCUGACGGUGCCAAUUUGCGGGGGCUUGCUUUUUGCCUGGGCCCAAGACGUGUCAAAUUUCAAACAAUUUAUCUGGAGGCGCUGAUGGGAAUUUGUGAAACUUUGUAUCGUGGACUUGAAUGUGCCAUUCUUUUUUUGUUCCUCAAUAAAGUGGUGAUUGUGGCAUCGA